AUGAGCAGUGUGGCACCUGUGGUGGUCACAGUUUCUGCCUCAACUACACAGAAACAAGUCUUCGGCCUGAGCCCAGGCACUCUUUACAACGUUGUGGUCAAAGUAUUCCGCUUUUACAGUGUUGAGUGUUUGGAUACAGGAAUAGGGAGGACAGUCCCAGACAUGUCUCAGAUAAUCUCCUCACAGGCAAUAUCAAGUACAGCCAUUGCUUUAGAGUGGGACAGUGUGUCCUCUGUGGAUCAGUAUUUCAUCUUGGUGAACUCCUCAAUAACCAACGAGCGCUAUAAUCUCUCCUUCACAAACACUAGCGCAAUCAUCCAAAAUCUGCAGCCCAACACCUUAUAUGACUGCUAUGUUUACACCUCCAAUUUAGCCGGCCUGGGUGCGAGGAGCCGAGUGCGCACUGUCACCACACUGGUUCAGCCACCAGCGGUGGUCACAGUGGAGCCCCUCUCAAGCCAGGUAGUGCGCAUCACAUGGCAGCCUGUGGAAAAGGUCCUCCUGUAUAAGAUAAUGGUCGCAUAUGCCAACGAUCUACCUUCGGUGACAUCAGUUUUGGCAGAUUACAGCUGUGUGAGUGCAUCUGCGGUGGUAUCAUGGGGUACUGUGUACGGUACUGACUCUUACCGUGCCACAGCAGUUGACCAGAAUGGCAGGACCAUUUCCUGCACUUCCACGGGCACAACAUGCCUGCUGGCCAACUUGGAUUGUGGCAGGGACUAUAUGGUGUGGGUCAGUGCCAUUGCCAAAAACUGUGAGAGCACAAGCAGCAUCUCUGCCUUCUUCCAAACAGUACCAUGCUCGCCAGCUAAUCUGAGCGUGUUCCGUGAGUGCAGCAGCAAUGUAAUCAUCUUCUCAUGGGCACCAACAAACAACACAUUUUUCUACAGGGCACGCAUGGAGGACAAUGCUGGCGGUUCACAGGACUGUCUAACCACAGAGACUUCCUGUUUCUUUACCAACACUGUGUGUGGCCGUAACUACAGUUUCAACGUCUAUGGCAUUAAUGGAGAUUGCAAUGGUCCAUUCAGCCCGACAGUGAGCAUCCAAACAGCACCUUGCAAACCCUCAAAUCUGAUUACUGUGUCAGAUUGUGAAACUGACAUUUUGACAAGUUCUUGGGAUACAGUAGAUGGGGUCACACAGUACAUCGUCGAAGGCAGAGGAAAUCGUGAAAAUACCAGCCACGAGAACUACUACAGCUGUAUCUCAGAUACAAACAGUUGUGCUAUCCCUGGCGUUGCAUGUGGAGAAAGUCUGACAUUGAAGAUCACUGCCUUUAAUGAUGAUUGUUACAGUGACAUGGUACUGGGUCAGCAGACAAAUACUGCUCCCUGUGUGCCCGAGAACCUCUUGCCCAUUACUGAUUGCAGUUCGGAUUCCAUCAUCCUCACAUGGAACAUGGCCAAUGGAGCGUUGUUCUACAUUGCCUCAGUGACAGACUCUUCGGGUGGGAUGUACACGUGCAGCACAAUGGAGCUAAACUGCCAGAUAACAGGACUGCGCUGUGGAACAACAUACAAUGCAACCGUCAUGUCGUCCAGCUACAAGUGCAACAGUUCUCUCAGUAACAUUAUCACUGUGGAAACAGCCCCCUGUCCUCCAUCUCAGGUGGAGGCCACUCUAGACUGUGAUGAGAACCGGGUGCUAGUGAGCUGGCUGAGUUCAAGCUUUCCUGGCUCCUACACAGCCAGCAUGGUGGACCAAAGUGAAGGCCUGCUGAACUGCAGCACCCUGAACAGCAGCUGCUGGGUUCCCAGCCUUAAAUGUGGCCAGGUCUAUGUUGUCAGUGUCACCUACCACAACAACAUGUGCCACAGCAGGCCUUCAUCGCCCAUCCAAAUUAACUCGAUGCCAUGUGUGCCAACCAACAUGACAGUUGCAAAGACCUGUAGCAACCACACCACAGUGGCGUGGCAAGCCAGCCUUGGCGCUCAGACUUACAGUGUCAUCGCCAUGAGCAGCAAAGGUCAUCAGACAACUUGCUCAUCCAAUACCACCACCUGCAGCCUGACCGAUCUACACUGUGGCCAAGUGUACAAUGUCAGUGUGGUGGCCAUUAAUGACGCUUGCUCCAGCCUCCAGAGCCAAAGUGCUACACUGCAGACAGGUCCUUGUGCACCCUUUAACAUCCGCAGUGUAAUUGAGUGCAUUACUAACGCUUUAACGCUGAGCUGGGACUCGAGCCCCACCAGUGUAUCCUACACAGGGAAGGCUGUAGGAUCAGAUGGACAUAUGGUGUGGUGUAACAGCACCUCUGCAGUGUGUCAGUUCACAGGCCUGAACUGCGGUCAGGAUUACGCAAUCAGCUUGACAGCCAGUGAUGGAGUGUGUGGGAGCACAGAGAGUGAGAUCUACACACAGCCCACAGCUCCCUGUGCCCCGGCAUCUGUUUCUAAAUUCCUGCACUGUGAUACCAACAUGCUGAGUGUGACCUGGGCCCUGAGCCCCAUGGCUCUGAGCUACAGUGUCCUUGUCAAACCCAUAAAUGGACUGGUGCGUGGCUGCAGUUCACCUGGCACAAGCUGUAACGUCUCAGGUUUGCAAUGUGGUCUAAGCUACACACUCACUGUCAUGGCUGCUAACAAAGUGUGUACUGGACCGGAGAGCCCAAGUCAGAUCAUCCAGACAGCUCCGUGCACGCCUGCCUCUGUGUAUGCCAGUGUGGCAUGUGUCAGUAACACAGUACAGGCCUCAUGGGCUCAGGUGGCGAGUGCGCUGUCCUACACUAGUGUCCUCACCGGCCCGAGUAGCUCCACCCGUACCUGUUCCACCUCUGCCCUUUCCUGCAACUUCAGCGGCCUGGACUGUGCUCAGACCUACACACUCCACGUGUUCGCAAGCAAUGACAACUGUAACAGCACUACCACCACAGAGGUUAUUGUUACCACAGGUGUGUGA